GGACGCCCUGUAAUGUUGCCAUGGCUCUUGUGCCACCGCUGGGGGCAGGGGGUGUUGUCCCUUUAAGGUAGUAGUGGAGAGGCAGCUCUGUUUGCUGGCGUGUGAUUGACAGCCGAGACGUUUCUAGUGCCUCCUUCCGCAGUUCGGCGGCUUCCAGCUCUCUCUCUCUUUCUAUUAAGCGCUCAGUAACUUUAAAGAAGGGAUGCAGACUCUGGCGGACUAAAAUGGCUCUCCACCGAUGGAUUUAUCCUUUACUCCACUUCAUCCUCACUAGCAAUGCCGCCCGGAAUUACCCAGCUAACGAGGUUACCCUAUUGGACUCUAUGUCAGCUCCUGGAGACUUGGGCUGGGUGGCAUAUCCUCCUGAGGGGUGGGAAGAAAUCAGUGUUAUGGACGAGCGAAACACGCCAAUGCGAACAUACCAGGUCUGUAAUGUCAUGGAAGCCUAUCAGAACAAUUGGCUGCGGACUAGUUGGAUUCCUCGUGAUGGCGCCCAUCGGAUCUAUAUUGAGAUUAAGUUUACCCUCAGAGACUGCAAUAGCCUGCCGGGUGUCCCUGGAACUUGCAAAGAGACCUUUAACAUCUAUUACUAUGAGUCCAACAACAACAACUUGUGGUACAUAAAAGAAAGCCAGUAUAUAAAAAUUGACACCAUUGCCGCAGAUGAGAGCUUCACCCAAGUGGAUGUAGGUGACAGGGUAAUGAAGUUAAACACUGAAGUGCGGGACAUUGGAUCGCUGACAAAGAAAGGCUUUUACCUUGCCUUUCAGGAUGUGGGUGCCUGUAUUGCUUUGGUAUCAGUGCGGGUCUAUUACAAGAAGUGCCCAUUAACAAUUCGUAACCUGGCAGAAUUUCCAGACAGAGUGACUGAAGGAGACUCCUCCUUGGUGGAGGUUCGUGGCUCCUGUGUGAAUAAUUCUGAGGAAUAUGAUGUGCCUAAAAUGCACUGUAGUGCUGAUGGGGGGUGGCUGGUCCCUAUUGGACGCUGUGUCUGCAAACCAGGGUAUGAGGAGAAGAAGGAUACCUGCCAACCAUGCCGGCCUGGUUUCUACAAGGCAUCCUCCAUGGAUGCAUACUGCAUGAAGUGCCCACCUCAUAGUUACUCAUAUCAAGAGAGCUCAUCACAAUGUACGUGUGAAAAGGGUUACUACAGAGCAGAGACAGACCCAAGAGCAAUGCCGUGUACAAAGCCUCCCACACCACCAGAAAAUCCCAUAUCCACAACAAAUGAGACUUCCCUUAUCUUAGAAUGGAGCCCGCCUCGGGACAGUGGUGGUAGGAAUGACCUUACGUACAACAUACACUGCAGGAAGUGUGUGGGGGACAACAGAAAGUGCAGCGUCUGUGGGAGCAGCCUCCAUUUCAUCCCACGUCAGUUUGGAUUAACGUACACCAAAGUUCUUGUUACGGAUCUGCUGCCUCACACUAAUUAUACCUUCGAUCUUGAGGCUGUGAAUGGGGUAUCUGAGUUGAGCCCCAACCCGAAGCAGUAUGUCUCUGUCAAUGUCAUGACCAGCCAGGCAGUAAACGUGAUUGUGAAGGAGAGAAGAAGCAAGGAUAGUAUCACUCUUGCUUGGCAAGGACCAGACCGUGCCAAUGGUGUAAUUGUGGAAUACGAGAUUAUCUACUAUGAAAAGAAUCAAAGGGACCAAAAUUACACUGUUUUAAAAACUAAAUCUAACAGCAUGACAGUUGAUGGACUAAAGCCAGGGACAACAUACGUGUUCCGGGUCAGAGCUCACACCAGCGGAGGACAUGGGACCUAUGGUGGUGAAAUUGAGCUGGAGACCAGUCAAGAAGACAUGCUUGCUAUUGGUGAUCCAAACCAACCCACCAUCAUGGCUGUCUCUGUUGCUGGUGGGAUAGUCCUCCUGAUAUUCCUUGUUACUUGCUUUGUUGUUAGUGGAAGGCAUUGUGGCUACAUCAAAGCAAAGCAAGACCCAGACGAGGAAAAAAUGCAGUUCCACCAUGGUCAAGUCAGGUUGCCUGGGAAUAGAACCUACAUUCAUCCACAUACCUACGAGGAUCCCAAUCAAGCUGUCCGAGACUUUGCAAAGGAAAUUGAUGCAUCCUGCAUUCGGAUUGAAAGAGUUAUAGGGGGUGGUGAAUUUGGGGAGGUUUGCAGUGGACGCCUAAAGUUACCUGGGAAGAGAGAAAUCUAUGUCGCCAUCAAAAGCCUGAAAGCUGGUUACUCGGAGAAACAGCGCAGAGACUUCCUGAGUGAAGCCAGCAUCAUGGGACAAUUUGACAACCCGAACAUAAUUCGCCUUGAAGGAGUGGUUACAAAAUGCAAACCUGUAAUGAUAAUAACUGAGUACAUGGAGAAUGGAUCUCUCGACUCAUUUCUGAGGAAGCAUGAUGGACAAUUCACAGUCAUUCAGCUGGUUGGAAUGCUCAGAGGAAUUGCCUCCGGGAUGAAAUAUCUGUCGGAUAUGAAUUACAUACAUCGGGACCUUGCAGCAAGAAACAUUCUAGUGAACAGCAAUUUUGUCUGCAAAGUCUCAGAUUUUGGGUUGUCACGAGUGCUGGAGGAUGACCCAGAGGCAGCCUAUACAACCAGGGGAGGUAAGAUCCCCAUCCGAUGGACAGCCCCAGAGGCUAUUGCCUACCGCAAGUUCACUUCAGCCAGCGAUGUGUGGAGUUACGGGAUUGUUAUGUGGGAAGUGAUGUCAUAUGGAGAGAGGCCUUACUGGGAAAUGUCCAAUCAGGAUGUGAUUAAAGCAAUAGAUGAAGGAUAUCGCUUGCCUGCGCCAAUGGAUUGUCCUGCUGUGCUUCAUCAGUUGAUGUUAGAUUGCUGGCAAAAAGCACGAGGAGAUAGACCAAAAUUUGGCCAGAUCGUGAACAUUCUCGACAAGCUGAUACGAAAUCCCAGUUGUCUCAAAACGUUAGCCAAUGAUGCAGCUUGGUCAGGCAGUAUGUUACAGGAUCCAUGUACUCCAGACACUUCCACCAUCACUACAGUAGAUGAAUGGCUUGAUGGUAUCAAAAUGGGCCAAUACAAAGAGAAUUUCUCAUCAGCUGGUUAUGCCACAUUGGACACUGUUGUGUACAUAAACAGCAGUGACCUCUGCAGAAUUGGAGUGACAUUAGUUGGGCACCAGAAGCGGAUCCUCUGGAGCAUUCAGAACCUUUACGCCAUGGCCAACCAGAUACAUGGAACACAUAUUCAAGUAUAAUCACUGCAGCAAAGCAGUGUGGUUGGACUCUUAGAGAAAAAGAAAGCCACUGAAUGCCCUGCUUCCUUCCUCUGAAUAACAGCUCCUUUAUCACGUGAAGAGAAAACAGCCUUUCUUCAAAACACACACCCAGCAUUCAUACAGCAUGCAAUUGGCAUUCCUUGCAGCAAAAUAAUUAUCAGCACAUCUCAUUCAAACUUUGCAAAUGAGAAAAAGAAUGUGCUGAAGAGUCAUGGUCUGAUUCAUUGCAGAGAAAAAGGUAGCUUCCUACACGUAGAUUUCUUGCUCUACAGAUGAUACUUUACAAUAGCCAUCUCAUUUCUGGUUUGUUUUUUUUAAUCUGAAUCCCUGUGAUAACUGUAAAAAGCUUAUUAUUUGUUUGAAGACAGCUUCAUUAGCCCAGCAACUGCUGAUAUAAUAAAUAAAUCUUCCCUUGACCUGCUAUCCCAUGCACAGAGCUGGGAGUAAGAUGGAGUUCCAGUUUUGAAUAUGGCUUAAAUGCAUGACAAUUGGCCAACUAAAUGAAUAGAAUACAUAGAAUCAGCUGCCCGUGCUCGAGUAGAUCAAAAUUUGGACAUAUUCAGGGUUUUUUUUUUCUAAAUUAAGUAGUAAUGUUGAAGACAAGUACACAGAGUUGAAUGGAUAGGAAAGACAAGGUCAGAUUAACUGGGAAUUAUUGCUUAGGCAAUUCCAAGCACAGACCUUAAAAGCUUAUUUAAUGUUCUGUGGGAUAUGCCCAAAUCUUAUGAAUUAAACAAUAUUAAUUGACUGAGCAAGUGUAAGGCGAGUGAAUUCUUGCGAUAAAUUACUGAGGAACACCCAUCAUAUACUAGUGUACACAAUAAGCCCAUGUUGGAAUUGAAAUCAAGGUCUGAACUCAAAAUCCAAAAUGGAGUUUGGAUUCCAGCUUCAACAUAUUGGGAGGUGAGCUUCACUUAUGUGAAUUGCAUAGAUUGGAAAAUGAAUGGCUGACAAGUGAGAGCCAUGAAAUUAUACAGACAUUAGGCAGAAUCUGAGGAUGCACAAGUGUUGAAGAAACUAAAAGAACAGUUAAGUGAUUUUGGAUUUGAACUUCGAUUGUCUGUUACAAAAAAAUGAUUUAUCUCAAAAGCAAAGCUUAUUUUGCUGUCAAAUGCAGAGCCAAUAAUGAUACAAAUCUAUUUGACUGGAACACUAGACAUUCAAAUUGUUUGUCUUUGAUGCUAUAAUUAUUAUGUAUGGAAACAACUUAAUCCUCCACUGUUUCAACCACCACUUUCCACAUUUAUUAAUUUUUCAGAAUGCCAUUAUUACAGGCAAGGACAGUACUUAUUGUCCAUCAUUAGCUGCCCAUGAUGAGAGUGUGGUACAGCACCUUCUCUAUUUAAAUCCUUCUGAUGAAGGAACUCCCAGAAUGCUGUUCAGCAGGGAGUUCCAGGAUUAAGGUCCAGCAUCAAAGAAGGAACGGUACUAUAGUUCCAAGUCAGGCUGGCAUGCAACUUGGAAGGGGGAACCUCUAUAUGGUGGUGCUCCCAUGCAGCUGAAGCACUUGUUCUUGGUAGCAAAGGAUUUGGGAAGAUGAAGUAGCCUGGGUAAGUAACUGCAGUAUAUUUUGUAGAUGAUACACACUGCAGCCACAUUGUGUAACUGUGCAGUGUAUUCUGCACACUUAAAUAGUCCACGAGUUUAGCUGUACCAUCAUGUUAUUUUUCUUUCCUGUUACUACAUUCAGAGUUAGAGUUGAACAAAUACAUAAGGAGGAGAGGUGUGGGCCAUGCAGAAUGGUGUUUUGCCAAUCUCAGCCGUACAUUUCUUUAACAUACAUUUAGGCACCUGACCAAAUUAAAGGAAACAUCAGUGGGAAUGAACAGCAAAAAAUAGGAAAGAUGGAAUUCAAUCAUACUGUAAUCAUUUUAGCUAUGAUUUCAUUUGUAAUAUAAAGCUACAGCCACUUAUUUUUAAAUAUUAGCCUUCAUUCUACUACAUACUAUGUGUAGCAGUGUAGCAUUAACCCCAUCUCUCUGGGUCUCAUUGCUACCCAGCCUUGCCAUUACACAUGCUUCUAUGGAUUGAGAUAUAUUCUUUUCUCCAGUUAAUCUUUUCCCCUCUCGCCUCAUAUGAGAAGUACCAGAUUUCUUUCUGUACCCACUACAAUAAGACAAAGAGCUGGAUAGGAAAGGGGAGAUAAGAAAGGAACCAUUGGAGAGUAAAAAAAUUAGGGAAGCUAGGAACUAUAGAACAUAAAGGAUUGUUCCUGUUUUAUAGAAGACUUUUUCAACCAAUGUGUAACCGUUAGAAACACAUGCUUCAUAUUUCUUCUAUCUCUAACAUAGUUGAGUGUACAUGCUGCAAUCUUCUAAGGCACAUACAAGUCGAGUCCAAGCAAAACUCCAGUUUAUGAAAUUGAUGCUAGUACUUAUAUUAACUGACCCAAUUAUAUUUACCACUUUAGAACACUAAAUAAUAGGUUUAUUAAAAUUAACUUAGGUAAACUUUAACAACAUUUUUAAGAAAAAAUAAAUUGGAAACCAAUCACAAAUCAAAGUUGAAAUUAAAAAAAAACCUGCAGAUGCUGGAAAUCUGAAACAAAAACAAAAAAUGCUGGAAAAGCUCAGCAAGUCAGGCAGCAUCUGUGGGAAGAGAAACAGUCAAUGUUUCAGAUCUGUGACCCUUUAUCAGAACCCAAAAAGAGUGGCAGACCAGAAGUUUUUUUCAGCAUUUUCUGUUUUUGUUACAAAUAAAGGUUGAAUGAUUAUUACUAUAAUAUUUUCUGACAGUUUGUAUUAAUGUUUAUUUCUCUGGACUAAUUUUGAUGUAUGGUGGUCAGAAAGAGCAAAGAUCCUUUUGUGUACCUUUGUUUAAAAAAAAUGUUGUAUGCCUGAAUAUUAGCAAUGGAGACACAAGUUAACUACACCCAAAGCAUACAGGAAAUCUUUCCCCAUGUAAACAUUAUGAAGUUGGGUGGUAUAGGUUGCCUCAAUGGCAUAUCAUUUCCCAAGGACUUAUUGAAAUGGUGUUAUCAAGCUCAGCUGUUUCUUGUAUAAAGUCUAUAACAUUAUGGUCAUAGCUUGGAACCAAAAUCACAUAUGUUUGGGGAAAAGAAUUGAACGGUGGGUUUAAAACUUCUUGUUAUUACUACUCUUUACUGCAACUAUUUGUGGACUGCCAGUGGGAAAGAGGUAAUGAGAGGUGAUUAUGGAACAAAACAGGAAUUUUUGAAAGACGUCUUUUGACAUUGUGAAUUACUUUGAAUAUUACAAGAUGGUCACUCUGUAUUAAGCACCAGUUAGAAUAAUGGCCGUGUUAAGUAUCAAUCCGAGAAGGUGACACCAUCUGUCAAAAUUUAACUGUGGUAAUGAAGUGAAGAAAAUGUGUAUGCAUGUAGUUAUAUUAGGGUAUCUGUUUAAGAUCACAAACAGCUGAGAGUAUUAUAAGGCUUGGAGUCCCAAAUUAUACAGCAAGAAGUCCAUUGGAAUGUUUGUGUAGUUGUAUUUUUUUUAAACAGCAAUUGUGAAACUAAGAUGUCAUAAGACCAUGUUUUGAUCUACACCUUUUACCCAAGUGUGACUGAGUGGCAGCACACCCACAUUAUUACUAUUCUUUGCAUCAGUAUGAAGCUGAAAUUGCUUUACAUUGUCAAUCUAUGUAGUAUACACAACCAACAGAGAAAUAAACAACAAAGGAUACAUGGGUGGGGAGCUACGAAAGGGAAGACAAGGCUGAGAUACGUAGCAAAUUAGGAGGAACUGAGAUGGUUCAAUUUAAUCAGAUAUGGCUGAUUUCACCACAUUCACCUGACUUUUACAAGUUCAAUAACUUAGCCUUUUUUUUGAAAAAACAGAAGAGGACAGUGAAAGAUUCUUCAGCAUAACUUGUUACAGGCUUCAAAUAUUUACUUGUAAAUUUACUCUCUAGAAGUUUAGGAAGAACUGAUGAGCUUUUAAAACGCAGAGCCCCACCAUUUUGUAACUGCACCAUGGCAACAGCAGAACAGGAGACAAACAUUGUACUAUAUUGUAUAAAAUGUACAGCGUGACUGACCUAAGUAUAGAAUGUUUAUAAUUGUGAAUUUUUAAAAUUACUAAAAGCUGAACCAGUUCCAUCAGUAUGUGCAGAAUGACUGAACAAAAUGGCUUCCAUUGGAAAAGUCUGCAUAUUUGAGAAAAAAUUAACAUUUGCGAUAAGUGAAGGGUAGCAACUCUCCUGCGUGAUAAAAUUUUGUUGAAGAUAUUUAGGGCUGUGCCAAUCAAUUGUAAUUGGAGGUUGAAUACAAUUGGACAACAUGACAUUGAAUCAGUCAUAUUGAGUAUGGUCCAGAGGUGAUCACAAGUUCAGUUAACAUCUGAAAUUAUACAUCAAAGAGUGCUUCAUGACUGUUAAGUACUUUGGAAUGCUUGGUCAAGUAAGGCACCAGACAAGCCCUGCAAAAAUAAAAAACUCAAAUGUGUAUAGGAUAAAAAUGGUGCUAAAAUUAUUUUCUGUUCCUCUGUCCCCAUCCCAGAUAGUUAGCAAAUUAUUGCACCACACAGGUUGGAUAACCUGAGCUAGGAAGCAACUCAAGUACUACAAUGGUCGCAAAAGGGAUGUAGGAAAAUCAUAUGGAAUUCCUGCUCUGUGUGCCAGCUUGACUGUGCACCUCGCAUGGUCAAUCCUACUGACACUAAUUCCCUGGACCACACACAUUGUGGAACUGAAGGUUAGCCUGAACUCAUGGAUUUGCCUGGAGUCAGUGCACCCAAGGUGAUUAAAGGGUUGUUUCUCAGAAGAAAGAGAAGCAAUUGGCUUUUCAGCCCUUUGUCCCUGCUCAUAUCAACUUAGUAAAGAAUCUUUGUAAUCCAACAAUUCCCCAAUAAAGUGCUGGAACCUUCCGAGCAAUGUGGGCUUUUACAUUGACUAUUGUGAUGGCUGUUUCAAUGCUUUCCACUGUUACCAGUUGUUCUUUGUAUCAUCAGCCCAGUCUGUUGGUACAGCCCUAAAGACUGAUGAACCUGGUCUCAGACUGAGUGUGUGAGAUAUGAGACUGUGGCCUUUUUGCAAUGUAUGUAUUAAUUUAUGCUUCUUAAUUUGUGAGCUUUAUUCCCGGUUUGCUGUAUCUAGUGGCCAUUGUUCCUCCAUAUUGCUCUAAGGAGCUUGCUGGUGGUGCAUCAGCUUGGUUUUAAUUUUUAAUGUCGCUGUAAUAAAUCUGCAAAUAUUUUUGA